ACACUGGAAGGAUGUUACGUUUUUUGCUGCUUGCCUUCUCUGUGGUUGUCUUUGCUCAUGCUGAGCUCUGCAAGCCAGAUGCACAGAAUGCUUUCAAAGUACGGCUUAGUAUCAAAACAGCUUUGGGAGAUAAUGCUUAUGCCUGGGAUGCAAAUGAGGAGUACCUCUUCAAAGCAAUGGUGGCUUUUGCAAUGAGAAGAUACUCCAGCAAGAGCACCACUCAGAUUUCCAAUGUGCUGCUCUGCAAUGUGACGGAUCGGGUGUCCUUUUGGUUUGUGGUCACGGAUUCUGCCAAGAACGUGACGACUGUUGCUGGAAGUGAGGUAGAGGCCGCUAUCAGGAUGAAUCGGAACAGAAUCAACAGUGCCUUCCUCCUGAGUGACAAAACAUUGCAGUUCCUGAAGAUAUCCUCCACCAUAGCACCGCCCGUUGAGCCCUCCACACCUGUUUGGCUGAUCGUAUUUGGUGUUGUUCUUUGUCUCACUGUGGCUGGGAUUGUUUUCCUCAUUGUUACAGGAAUUCAGCGGCGCAAGAAACAGAAUAAAGAGUCAUCAGAGACAGAAGAUUUAGAAGAAAAAUGUGAAGUGACAGUAACAAUAGAAAAUGGGAUUCCUUGCGAAACACUGGAUUUAAAAGCAGGCCACAUUAAUGGAGUCUAUGCAGCAGAUGAUGAACGGUUCGCGUCYUUAUGAAAUGCUGCUAUUCCUAGCUGGUCUGUUUUUGAAAGACUCUUAUGCCUACUUUAUCUCGUCACUACUUCUGAAUGUCAAACAUGAGACAAGAAAAAAUGUCCUUUCACUUAAUUUCCCUUGAGAGAAGCCUUUGCUGAUAACACAUACACUCGAACCUCCGUUACAAAGCUUUUGUUCAUGAGCUGAGCAAAUGAGAAGACUUCAAAUGAUAGCCAUUAAAGAUUUCCAAAAGAUGUGUGGUAGAACAGGGUUGAAAGCUGCCUUGUGUCAGGCAUUUAAUUUUUAAUAAUUGUUUAAAUAUGCCUAUUGUUUUUCCCCUUCUAUUAAUGUGACACGGCAUUAUUUUCCUGAAUGUCACAGAAGAGAUUGUCUAGCAUUGUCAGUUUUUGCUGGGUUUUUUUUUGAGCCAUGUGCAAAAAUUUCUCUGUAAACUGAUUUCUGUGUGCUGAUCAGUCGUGUGCCUUUCCCUGGAAUAGAGAUCAGCGUAUGAAAGUUUUAACUUAAGGAAAAAAAAAAGCCAAGUUUUCUGGCCUCUCUAAGAGCAGUUUAGAAAGUAUCUGCUCCAUCCAUAGMUUUUGAACUGCCAAAUGUUUGGUCCUAAAUGUGUUUCUCACUUAGAAGUCCAAGUCACAGGUUACGUGAUCAGGAAAUUAAAAGUUGCAAAAGUUUGAAAAGGGGAGAUUUUCCCAAAAACGCAGUCUGUGGUUGAUGGACCAAAUCUUAAUAAACCUAUAC